GGCACUUUGGUCGGUGCGGGUUAGUGGGGAGGAGGCGAGGCUGCUUCGUCCAUCAGCUGGGUUCGUUCUCCUGCAAGCAGGAUGACGGCCAUCGCGGUUCAGGCUCAGAAGCUGCUGGCUCAGAGGAGGCCACCCAAGUCCUUCUUUGAAUCUUGCAUCCGUACCCUGAUCAUUCUGUGUGUUGCCAUUGCUGUGGUCCUGUCUUCCAUCUCUAUAUGCGAUGGCCACUGGCUCCGAGUGAAGGAUCAACUCUUUGGCCUGUGGCACUUCUGCGCUUUGACCAAUACUAGUGAGCUGAAUUGCUUCACAGACUUGCGCCUUGCCCAGGUGGAUGGACUGGCAGUGGGUAUGGCUCUCGCCCGAAGUAUGGGAGCCCUGGCUGUGGUGGUAGCCAUCUUUGGUCUGGAGCUCCUAAUGGUCUCCCAGCUGUGUGAAGAUGCCCACUCUCGACGGAAAUGGGCCAUGGGCUCCAUCUUCAUCCUAAUCUCUUUUGUCUUCUCUUCUUUGGGAUUCUUCAGCUUUGUGAUCCUCUUCAAGGACCAAGUCACCUUCACAGGUUUCACCUUGAUGUUCUGGUGUGAAUUCACCUCUUCCUUCCUCUUCUUCCUAAAUGGAAUCAGUGGCCUUCAUAUCAAUAACAUCACACAUCAGUGGAAUGAACCAAAGAAUUUUUAGAAACUGGAAAAUCUCAGUCCCUCAAAGUAGAAUGAGCUUCUACUUGAUUCCUAAAAGCAAUGCAAUUGGUAAAACUGUUGAUUUCUUUUAAGUCA